CGGAGGAGGCUGACAGCGUGCCCGGGCAGCGUCUGGUGCAGCGAGGAGAGCCCCGAGAUUGUCAGCUCUCUCCAUCUCUCCCCCUCUUUCUCACGGGGAGAGGGUCGGGGGCUUGGGAAUGAGAUGGCAGGAUUUUCAGGACGGGAGGGCUGGCCUCAGCUCAGCGUUUUCUUUCUGAGAUCAAUCACCUUCCCUUCAAAAGAACAAGGAGGAGAGGCUAAUCCAGAGUAGACAGUUUACCAGAGGGCAGACGGUCUGAGAUUUUUCUUGCAAGACUCAGACUGUCUUGAAAAAAACUUUUUGUCAUGGGGCACUAAGAGAAAGGACUGGAUUAUGUGCAAUAGAAUUAAGCCCGUGGUUUUACGUGUUUUAAUUUCAGUUGGCUCCCCUGGCUUAGUUGUGUAACCAAAUCUUAGAAAAUUACAGCGAAUUUUGGCUCAGCGGCUAAUGGGAGGGUUUGUUUUUAACUUUUGCCUACUGCCGUACAGUGAUCGCAGUGCUUUGGAGAUAGGUAGCUGUUGAGUAAAUAUUUCAAGGCUGUUCCUGGAAUUGUAUUUGAGUGAUUUUGAGAGGGGCCAUGAAGAUCUUAGAGCAUGUUAAAAGUGACUUCUCCUUUAGCAGAAGCACCUGGAAAUGGCACAUUCAGGACCCAGCAAGCCAGCGGUUGACAUGGAACAAGUCUCCAAAGAGCGUCCUCGUGAUCAAAAAGAUCCGAGACGCCAGCCUACUGCAACCUUUCAAAGAGCUGUGCGUGUACCUCAUGGAGGAGAACAACAUGAUUGUUUAUGUAGAGAAGAAAGUGUUAGAAGACCCAGCCAUCGUGAACGAUGAAAACUUCGGACCAGCGAAGAAGAAAUUUUGCACAUUCAGAGAAGAUUAUGACGACAUCUCCAAUCAAAUAGAUUUCAUCAUCUGCCUGGGAGGGGACGGGACCUUGCUCUAUGCUUCUUCUCUCUUCCAAGGCAGCGUGCCACCGGUCAUGGCGUUUCACCUCGGCUCUCUUGGAUUCCUGACCCCGUUUAACUUCGAGAACUUCCAGUCCCAAGUCACUCAGGUUAUAGAAGGCAAUGCAGCCAUCGUCCUGCGCAGCAGGCUGAAGGUGAAAGUGGUGAAGGAACUCCGAGAAAAGAAGCCCGGACUCCAGAACGGCAUCGACGAGAACGGAGUGGUGGCCACGGCCCCGGACAGGGAACCGGGCAAGCAGGUGAUGCAGUAUCAGGUCCUCAACGAAGUGGUGAUUGAUCGCGGUCCUUCAUCGUACCUUUCUAAUGUGGACGUUUAUCUGGACGGACACCUGAUCACCACGGUGCAAGGAGAUGGGGUCAUCGUCUCCACGCCCACCGGGAGCACGGCUUACGCCGCUGCCGCAGGCGCCUCCAUGAUCCAUCCCAACGUUCCUGCGAUUAUGAUCACCCCCAUCUGCCCACACUCCCUGUCCUUUCGUCCCAUCGUGGUCCCCGCCGGAGUGGAGCUCAAGAUCAUGCUGUCCCCCGAGGCCAGGAACACCGCGUGGGUUUCGUUUGAUGGGCGGAGGCGGCAGGAAAUCAGCUACGGAGACAGUAUCAGCAUCACCACCUCCUGCUACCCCCUCCCCUCCAUCUGUUUCCGCGACCCGGUGAGCGACUGGUUCGAAAGCCUAGCCGAGUGCUUGCACUGGAACGUGCGGAAGAAACAGAAUCACUUUACUGUGGAAGAGGAGGAAUUCUGAGCGCCGGUGCCCGGUGGGGCGGCCUGAUGAGCCCGACGGAGGCCAAGGGGUGGAUCCCAUCAGGCUCUCUCCCUCCCUCCUCCUUCCACCCCCGCGCUGACAGACGAGACCAACGUGUGCGUCCGUGGGUUUGUAAAUACCUGUCUAUAUCCGAUCCGCUGGUGAGCCGAUGCCGCCCGGUUUUCUGUUUGCCGGCAGUGGAGUGGGAGUGCGGGAUCUGUCCCUCUGUCCAUGAACCCAAUCCAUCGCGUUUGGUGUUUUGUGUUGACAGAGAAGCCGGCUUAGAACUGGGUUGGUCUUUCCAAGCAACGGCCACAAAUGAAUCUCUCUCCGCCCACACGCUCGAUCGCAGCCCCUGCCCCCAAAGUGGCACUUCAGAUUCGGGACCCUGGACACACGAUCUCCAGAAGCCCACUGGGCACUGUUAUCCUGUAGCAAGGGGAGGUUUCCCAUCACAUCCGUUGGUCUGUUUCCUGGCCGGAGCUGAGAGGGAAGCCCAACUCUGCUUUUGAGCGUCCCAGACGAACCUUGUUCUCUGAUGGUUCAACUCCCCCCGGCCCCCUCCCCACAGAUGUGGCCUUCAGCAGAUACGACUGGGCCUUUCCCACUCUGAGCUGGUUUCCCUCUUCCAGACCUCGGGCAGGAGAGGGUGCUUACACCUUGCCGAGGUUGAAGGGAUGCCUGCAUCGAGCCUGGGGCAUGGUGGGGUUCCCUUUAGUGGGAUGUGGGCUCAGCCUGCUCCAGCUUCCCCGUCAAUCCCCUGGCCAGACACGGGGGCCGAACCGGUGGCCGCUCAGGCCCGGCCGACCGACCGAAGGGUCUCGUCCGGUCUCAGCGGGACACGGUUGGACAAGGGGCACAUUCCAGGCCCCGCAGUGCUGCCUCCAGCCCACCUGGAGCUAUUUAAACCGCGAGAGGACUCAGAAAUGAUUCUCUCGACAUCUCUAACAUCAGUUUCCUGGUAUGUUUUGCCGUCGGCGGGUUUACAGAGGUUAGGCGGAAACGGAGUCGGUACUGUAGUCUGACCCAGCCUGCUGUUUACAUUCGUCUUCUGUCCGGGGCCGAUGCCUGAGCCAGCAGGGGUUGGGGCUGGGGGCGGCUGCAGGUUAGGGUACAGGCCGCAGGGUAGGGUGACAGGCGACUUCCUGUCCUGAGAAGUUUCACUCGGAGAUUUUUUUUGUUUUUAGUAACAAGAGUGUGAAGCCCUGAGCAGGCAGCCCUCCAGCAUCCCUUGCAGGGCUCAGACGGCCCUUGGGCAACCCACAGCAUUGGCUCCCAGCUUAAGUGAGGGGACUCUUUUUCCAUCAGAGACCCAGCUGGGAGUCCAGGCCUGGGCUCCUAGAGGCUCGAGGCUCCACGGGAUGGAAGUGCUGGUGAGCUGGAGUUCGGACUUCUCUGGGUCUGAGUGGGAGAAGAGGGGCAGGAGACCCUGCAGGCGCAUUUGCACAAACCCUGGGCCUCGUCGGAAGCUGCUUCGGGAUCCUAAGUCAGAGUUAUUGUCCUGGAGGAGCUGGGUCUUUCUCGUUCUUGCCUUGAAACGUUGCCUCUUUGACAGUCAAAAGGCAGUAAGGCGGAGUGGGGUCCAGGAAGGCCUUUGAGUUCAGCCUCCCCUCCGUUAAUCCGAGCGUCGCCGGGCCGGGCCUGAAAGCCAACACUGAGCACCAGGUGAUCCUGGCGGGGAGGUGCUCGCCUACUGAUCCCUAACCCAGGGGGAAGCCGGUAUUUGUAACGGGAAUCGGCCUUUCCAAGUUAGAGCAAGCUGGUAAUUUUCAAACGAGCAUGUUUAUAAAUUGUAACCUCAAGUCCACGUCACACGUGUGUUCAUCUUCAAGGAAUUCAAGGUCUUUGCCAGUUGAAUCGGCCGGCUGACCCGAGGCAGGCAGCCGCUCGGCUCCCUAAGGGAGGGUCGUCUUUGUCUUUGGGGUGACCCUGCCCCCGAAAGUCUUUGUCCCCCCAGGAUCGGGGAGCAUCCCUGAUUCUGAAAGUUAUCUAGCUUGGGGGCGGGGGGGGCGGUGCGUGAACUGAUAUUUAUUUUAUAUGGCUUUCCGGCGUCCUAAUCUGUUAAAAUCACACGUUACCUCUCCUGACAACAAGCUCGUAGUUCCUUUCAAGACACAUGCAGGGUCCUGCCCUGCCCGCUCACCCGCCGCUCCGAUUUAGAGUUUCAACCAGCUCUGCCCACACGCACAUGACUAGCAAGAGACUUGUGACCGUGCUUGAGGAGAAAAAUAGUUGUGGAAACUUCCAGAAAGACGAUUAAACAAGAAAACAGGCUCCGGAGCCAACUUCUCGGGACUUAACCAAGUCUAAAAGCCUCAUUUUGAACUUCCAGAAAGAAUUCCUAACGUUUCAUAUUGUCAAUACUUUGGAAAUUUGUUAAAUAUUGUUGAAAGCAUAAAGAGAAAAGAUGAGACUAUUUUCAGAGCCUUUCAAUAAACUGU